UACUCGUACACAAAAUGCAUUAUUGUAUUGGACUCGUUUGGUACAAGGGAUGAGAGAUAGCUAAUUCUGAAUAAUUAAUUCGAGAUAACUUGUUUCCGAUCAAACGACCCCGUAGUGUGGUGAAGUUGUUUUGAGCGUAAGGUUGCUCUGGAAUUCUGUAGAGAAAUUUGGGAAUUAGCCAUAGGCAGAGGAGUUCUGCAUUGGUAGGGUUAUUGGAAACGUUAUUAAUGAUAUAAUGAUAUAGCCAAUGAAUUGAAGAAAAUAUAUAUGCAAUUGUUGCUGGGAUGCCCACGUUUACCAAAAUUGAAGGUUACAUGUGUUGAGAUCCUCCCAUUACAUCUGUUUCCCUCUUUAAACAUUGUGAUUAAUUCAACUAUGGAUAAUUGGUUCUAAAUGCUGUGAAGUUCACUAGAAGUAUUUGCAUCAUCCUACUCAUUUUUGAAUGCUUUGUGUAGUAUAGAUAGAGAUGGUUUUGUUUUUAGAUAGGACCUACAACUAUCAAAUUGUCUUAACAACAAGCUUAUUUUCUGAAAUGCUAUAAUGUUGGUAUGCCACCAUUCACAUGCUGUAUCUGUUGGCCAUAAGUCCUCUUAGGUUUGAUACUUUUCUCCCUCCAUUCUAAUUAAUAAGUAGAUGUUAAUUUGGAAGUUGUGUAGAACAACAACAACAUACUCAGUGUAUUCCCAUAAAGUGGAGUAAUUUGGAAGUUGUGUCUCAUACCAUAAAUACAGGAAUCAUUCUAGCCUGUUUUUAAUAUUCUAAUAAAUGUUACUAGUGAUGGUCACCUAGUUACUGCUCAUAUAUGCAACAACAACAAAAAACUCAGUGUAUUCCCACAUAGUGAGGUGUGGGGAGGGUAAGAUGUACGCAGUCCAUACCUCUACCUCUAAAGAAGUAGAAAGGCUGUUUCCGAUAGACCCUCGAGACACGGAAUACUAAACAAAUUCACUGCUCAUAUAUGAUGAACAUUAUAAAAUCUAGAAUAAACCAUCUUAGUAAGGUACUUUAUGUAGCCUUUCUUGUGUUUUUUUUCUGUGUCGUCAUGGCCGUUGUUGACACACUAACUAUCAAACUGUACAUAAACCUUCCUUGAAAUUUCCAUUCUGAAAUUGAUUGUGAAGCUGCUGACCAUCUUCACUUCCAAUUGCUACAGUACCCUCAAUUGGUAAUUAAUUAGGUGUUUGACCAUGAAAACAAAAAUAUUUUGGAGUUGGAGUUUGGAGUUUGGAGUUGUGUUUGACCAUGAAUAUAAAUUGGAGUUGUUUUUGACUUUUCGUGGGAGAAGUGAAAGUGAAAAAAGUAAAAGCAUGUUUCACGUGUUUUCUUUAUUCCAAAUGCAAUUUGGAAUUCUUAUGGCCAAACGGCAAACACUACAAUUUUCACUAAACUGAAAUAAUUUUUUGGAAAAAAGUGAAAAAUUCUCAUGACCAAACUCCUCCUAAGUCGUUUGAAUGUCGUCCUCUCUUUCCCUUCUAAUGGUAGAGGAAAAGUACAAACUAUGGGAAGGAAAAAUUUACACGUUGGACACUUGAAUUUUAGUAGUGGACUGAAAAAAAUAUUGCAUACAAGGUUGACUUUUUCCCAGAUGGUAUAAGGGUUUGGGUUUGAAGAAAUUAUAUCAGGGAAAAUCUGCAAAUGUAGAUGUUUGGACACUUGAAUCUUAGUAAUGAACUGAAAAAAAAAAUGCAUACAAGGUUGACUUUUUCCUAGAUGAUCUAAGGGUUUCGGUGUGAAGAAAUAAUAGCAGGGAACAUCUGCAUUCUGACCUGAUUCAGGGUAUCUACUGUUUACUUUCCCCAGAGAUGCUUAUGAUGACUUAAAAUGUUUAAAAUGAACAACGUCUAUUUAAAGUGUCGAAGUGAAAGAUUGUGUCAAAUUGAGUAGGCGACGAUGUAUUCUGCUUUUUGUAAUGAAAUUCUGCCAAAUGGCGCGGAUGGGGUAUUACCAUUUACAAGUCGCAAUUCAUUGUGAUUUCAAUCUCAUAAUCUGAUCGACAGAGAAAACGACCCAACAGCUCAAUAGAAAGUACCCACGUUCCUCUAUAACUCACCAUUAUUUCCCUCCUUGGUCCAACCCCAGAUUUCCUCCUUUUGGUUAGUGGUCUCCAUUUCGCACUUCUCUUUCAACUGCCCCCCUAAUUAUCUAAUUCAAAUUCUCAACAACACAAACAUUCUCUUUCAAUUGUUCCUUCCUUUUCAAUUUCAAGAAAAUUUCAAUGAUGGCCACUGCUCCCUUCUUGCUUGAAUCAAACCUCAAAUGGAACCCUUUAUGUACACUCCAAAUCCAAUACAAUAUACCCGUUUUCUAUAUCACCAAAAGCUUACCCCUUCAAAACUCUCCAAACCCACCAAGCUAACUGUCAAAUGCUUCACCAACAACCAUAAAAACGUAAACUUUAAUGACAAAAAGGGGUCAGAAAUGAAGGAAAAAGAAAACCCAUUUGAUAUAAUUGUCAAAAGUGUAAUGAAAGCACUCAAAGCUUUACAGAAGCCAUCUGUAGCAGCUGUAUUAGUGGGUUUGUUGUUGAUGUAUGAUCCGAAUUCAGCAUUAGCUGCUUCUGGUGGGAGAAUUGGUGGCAAGUCGUUCUCGUCGUCGUCGCGGAGCUCGUCUUUGUCGAGGGGGUAUACUAUGAGGAGAUCAGAGCCUAGUUUUGGGUAUUCGGUUCCAUAUUAUGCUCCAUCCCCUUUUGGAUUUGGUGGGGGUGGGGUUUAUGUUGGUCCAGCUGUUGGUUUUGGGUCCAGUGCCUUUCUGGUUAUGAUGGGUUUUGCUGCCUUCGUUUUGGUUUCUGGUUUCCUUCUGAUCGCUUCGAGGUCGUGUGCUACUGCUAUUUACAAAACUAGUGUGCUCAAGCUGUAGGUAAUUUUACUCAUACACAAAUGCAUUAUUGUAUUGGACUCGUUUGGUACAAGGGAUAAGACAAUAGUUGUAGAACAGCUCAUAAAUAAAACAUAACGUGGUAGAAUCAAAUUUUGCCCGUGGGACAUAAUUUGUAGUUUGAAAGUCUUUGAGCUAAUUAAGUCUUGCCUCUAAGACAAU